AUGUCAUUCAUCUGGUCGUCCACAUUCACCGUUGGCCCUCCCACAGCGACCUCAAAAGGCGACAAGAUCAUCCUCCCGCAGUCUGCGCUUGAAUCCAUCAUAAAGGCCCACGCAGAGGCACCCCCACCCCCACUACCUCAAUUUGAUCCAACCUACGAUCCAACCUCCUGGGAGAACCAUCCGAGCCAAAACUACAACCCAUAUGAAUCCCGGAAACCCCAGGAGUUGCCCUCGCCCCUUACCUUCCAGAUCCGCAACCCUGCCAACCGGCUACUCACCCAUGGUGGUGUCAAAGAGUUUUCGGCCGAGGAUGGACAGGUCCGCCUACCAGAUUGGAUGAUGAGCUCCUUGUUGCUCUCUCCAGGAGAUCAGGUCAUGGUCAAAUACGCUGCGCUUCCUAAAGGAACCUGGGCAAAGUUCCGACCGCUCUCAGCCGACUACAUGGAGAUCCUGGACUUUCGGGCAUUGCUGGAGGCCGUCCUAAGAUCCAAUUAUACAACACUGACAAGAGGCGAGGUCCUGAAGGUCCAUCAGGGCACGAAGGAGUUCGGGUUUGUGGUCGAGGAGCUCAAGCCGGAACCUGGGGAGGCCGUCUGCAUUACGGAUACGGAUCUGGAAGUCGAUAUCGAGCCCUUGGAUGCGGAUAUGCAUGAUGCCAGCACGACAGGAGGUCAUGCCACAUAUUCUAAUGGAGGAUCAAAGGCCGGCAAAGGAAUGGCGAAUAAACAGACAUUACGGAUCGGAAGCGAGGCGCAAGGACAGGUAACUGUGGAGGAUUACCAACGCUGGACCGUUGACGUUCCGAAUCGAAAAUCGGGUAUCCGGAUCACUGUUGAGGCACAAGAACCUGGGGAUCUGGAUGUGCUGGUGUCGACAAGGGCACCUGUGGGUCUGCAGGAUCAUAUCUGGGCAGAUUUCGGGACGUUGGGCGCACGAACUAUUACGAUCCCAGCGAGUGAUCAGGAUUAUGCGACGCAACAGGAUUCGCAAACGAUUCACAUUGGCGUAUACGGUCGGGCGCCUUCGACUACCUCUGGAUCAUCGAGUUCGUCUGGAGAGGUCUUGUACAGCAUUCUUGUACAGUACCAUGAUGAGGACACAUCCUCGGGAAUGGCCUCAGCAUCGUCGGUGUCAGAAAGCGCAAGCGUAGGCGGAGAGGUACCAAACAAGGGCGCGGCAGGAUACCAAGAGUGCUCGAACUGUGGAUCAUGGAUUCCAGAACGGACCAUGAUGCUUCAUAGCAACUUUUGUCUGCGCAAUAACGUCAAAUGUGACCGGUGUGGUGAGGUCAUGAAGAAGGAAGAAUUCCAGAAUCAUUUCCACUGCGAUCAUUGUAGCAAGAAUUGCGUCCGGGUGCAAUCGACUAAUGCGCUAGGAUUAUGUCAGUUGUGUUUCGGACCCUUCUGGAUCCCGACUGAGGACCCCAAGCACCAAAAGCUGGUGCAGCGAUUGGCGAGGAAGUAUCAUUCGCAGCUGAUGACGGGUUGUGGGAACAAGUGGUGUAGGAACCCGUACUGUGCCACAUUCCGGGGGCAAGAGAUGGAUGCGACCACAGCGGCGACGGAGAUGAUGAAGAUCUUGAAGGAGGCCAAGGGCACGACGAGGAAGAAGGUGAUGGCAGAGUUGCUGAAGGAGGACGUGAAGGGCAAGUACUCGAUUGAAUGGUGCGUCAAGGCCCUGGAGGCCGAGAAGACGGAUCUGGAUGCUGCAGUGCAGUGGUUGAACCUGCAUGCGCCUAGACUUGCACAGCAGCCGUGA